AAUUAUCCGAAUUGUUAUCACAAAGAUGGAGAGAAAACCCUCACAGAUUCAAGCUCCCACCUAUGGAAAUCUAGUCACUAUUCUUAGCAUAGACGGCGGUGGCAUUCGGGGAGUUAUUCCUUCCAUUAUCCUAGAUUACCUCGAAUCUCAAUUUCAGGAGCUGGAUGGAGCAGAUGCAAGACUGGCAGACUACUUCGACGUGAUGUCCGGGACAAGCACCGGCGGGCUUGUGACGGCGAUGUUAACGGCUCCCGGCGAGAGUGAGCGCCCCCUUUAUGCAGCUAGAGAUAUAAAGCCUUUCUACCUGAACCACGGUCCCAAUAUUUUCCCACAAAAACGAAGAUGGUUUUGUGAUAUAUGGCAGUUGAUUAGAUGCGUGUUUCGCCCCAAAUACGACGGCAAGUACCUGCAUAGUCUGGUGAAGGAGGAGCUGAAAGACAUUCGGCUAAAAGACACUCUCACUAACGUUGUUAUUCCCACUUUUGACAUCAUGUGUUUGCAGCCGGUCAUCUUCUCCACUUACGAGUCUAAGAGAUGCCCAAAAAUGGAUGUUUAUUUGUCAGACGUUUGCAUUGGCACUUCAGCUGCUCCCACAUACCUUCCUGCUCAUUAUUUCAAGAUUGAAGAUCCCAAACAAGGAACUAAUCAUCCUCCCAGAGAAUACAAUAUUAUCGACGGCGGCGUUGCCGCAAAUAAUCCGACAUUGGUAGCCAUAAGCCAAGUGACCAAACAGAUUUUCGACAACAACCCAGAUUUCUUCCCCAUCAAGCCCAUGGAUUUCAGCCGUUUUCUUGUGAUAUCUAUUGGGACAGGAGCUGCUGGAAAUGAGUACAAGUAUAAUUCUAAGAAAGCGGCGAAAUGGGGUGUUCUGAGCUGGUUGCUUUACAAAAGCUCAACGCCAUUGAUCGAAGUUUUCAUAGAGGCCAGUUCGGAUAUGGUGGAUCUGCAUAACUCCGUCGUCUUCCAGGCUCUCGGGGACUGCGAUAAUUGUUAUCUAAGAAUUCAAGAUGACGAAUUAACUGGAACACAAUCUUCUGUGGAUGUAGCCACUAAGGAAAAUUUGGAAAAGCUAGUGGAAAUUGGGGAGAGGCUGCUGAAGAAGCCAGUUUCCAGGGUAAAUUUGGAGACUGGUGUCAGUGAACCAAUUCCACAUUCUGGCACAAAUGAAGAUGCUCUCAAAAGGUUCGCAAAGCUUCUAUCGAAUGAAAGGAGACUUAGAGAAUCGAGGUCGCCGAUUACUAGUUGUAGAGGCUCGGGCAAAGUAACGCAUCCAAUCAAUUGACCAGGCCAUUGAAUCCAUGCUACUUUAAUUUCCUUGUACUAUAGAUGAGAAAUAAAACAAUGAUAAUAUAAAUUGGUGAUUGUAACGAUAUGGUGUUUUGUUCAGCCUUCACUUAAUUAAGUAAUAAUUUAGUUUAUAAGAUUAAAAAAAAA